ACUAUUAAUAAAAUCAGUUCGAGUAGAAGAAAGGAAAAGCCGGGUUUAUAUUAAAUGUCCUAGUGUUGAAUCAUGCAGACUAUUCAGAACAGAAUAGGACAGUGUUCGUCGGUAGCAUCAAUAUAGAAAUAUCGUUUUAAUGGAUGGAAGUUGAGUUUUCACGCAAAACGCUGUUAUAUAUGAUAGGAGCUUCAUAAAACUACCAAUUUAAGUAUCACCACGAGUGCAGAUAGCUGUUGAACUAUAAGUUUUUCUAAGUGAACAUAUAUUUCAGCCGUAGUAUAUUGGAUAUCGUUUGACAUUGGACAUAGUUGCCUUGGAAGGAAACCGGCUAUAUAUAACAAGGGAAACUAGUAAAAAAGAACAGAAGAACCAGGAACAUCAUUUUCAUACAACAACAACAGCAACAACAAGAGCAGCAGCAGCAAGAACACUAGAAGAGCGAAACCAACUCAUAGAAGACUAAAACAUCGCCAUUAACAUUGGAGUAAUUAAUAUCUGACUAACAAUAGUUGAGAAUCUCUCUGUGUCUGGGAGCAUUAAAGAAAAAAGUCUUGGAACGCACUUUGAGUUUCCGUAAUUGCUGUAACAACGCCUAGUAACAAGGGCCAAAAGGCAAACAUCCUACAAAUACAAACCUUUUGAGUAAUGUAGAAUGGGUUGCAUGAAUUACACAUUGUAAAAUAAUGGUCUGAGAUCAGACAACGGAGUUCUGUGUAAACUCUGCUCAAAUGUAAUUAAACAUCCCGUGUUAGCGAUCUGAUCAUCCGAUAACUAAAGACCUUGCGGGCUUAACAUCUCUACUGCAAAGCUUUGAACAUUUUACCAAGUUCUUAAUUACACAAUUUUGCUAAUGAACUACGGAACUACUCGUUAAUAUAACUGAAAAAAGAGUAAUGAAUUUGUUUUCUAUGCAACAGAUCCUGCUUUGAUUGUUUCACUUUGUGCAAAGUGGUUUACAGAAAUAAUUUGUUUGCACGCAAAGUCUGACAUUUCGGGGAAGGCAGUAGUGUGAUACAUAUUCAAACUCUAGGUUUACAGAAUCAUACGUUGAUUUUUCUUAAACAAUGGCGGUGAUUGAACUACUAUAAAACAAAAACAGUAACCUGGUGUUGUCGAGCGAUUUUGAGGUACUGUUUCCAUAGAAACCGUCACCAUGGCAACGAACGCGGUGUUGAGGUUAGCGUUGACAACCGCUGUUCUGACUAUACUUCUUUGCAAGGUGCUAAGCGUGAUGGCUGGCUGUCUAGAAAACGAGGUGGAAAUUCAGUACAAUUCGUCCUUUACAAUCUGCUGUACCACGUGCCAAACCGGAAACGGUGUAGACAUCGAUUGUACACCGGAAGUUGAUACUGAAUGUACUGCAUGUGUUUCCGGAUUAACAUAUUCGGAUACGAUCACGCACGAUGACAAGUGCAAGCCUUGCUCAACUUGUGGAAACCAUUCGUUAUUUGUGCUCCAUCCGUGCAAUGCCACCCAGAACACCAUUUGUCUCUGCCCUGACGGGUAUUUCUACAAUUCUGAGUUAGAUAAAUGUGAACUCUGUGACCUUUGUCCAGCGGGGUGGGGCGCAAGUAGGAAGUGCAAUACGAAUCAAAACACGAUAUGUUCGCCCUGUGAGGGCAAUAAAACAUUCUCAAACAAACUGGAUUACUAUUCUCAGUGCGAUAAGUGUGCUGAAUGCAGUUCAUCCGAAGUUAUGCUCCAAGAAUGUAUGGCUACCGAGGACACGAUCUGCUUUAGCGUCAACGCGGGUCGGCCACGCACAGACGUCACAAAACGAAACUACACGACACCAGCCGUUGACGUCAACAACGAAGAUGACGGUAGCGACAUUUUUCCGGUUUACUGCGCUGCGCUCGUGCUCGUGAUCGUCGGCCUCGUUGGUUACGUCAUUUACAAGAAAUAUCAGCGCAUGCGUAGUAAGCGACGUCAGAAGGCGCCGUGUUCGCACGAGGAUGUGGAGUAUUCGAAAGCUUCCGGGGGAGAUAGCGGCGUGUUUGUGGACAAUGAUUCGCCGAAAUAUUAUACAUACUGUUUAGCCAGUGGGGUACGGGACCUACCCGUCGGGAAGCGGAAAGAGCUUGAGAAAACCCUGGCCACGCCCCACUCCGACAGUUGGAAACUGCUUGCCAAGGAAAUAGGUUACAGCAGCAAGCGACUGACCCAGCUUGAGUCCAGGGGCGGGGCUGAGGGGAACAGCAGUUUCAAGCACAUGCUUCACGACUGGGAACGCCGGGACGCAGCUACUGUGACCCGGCUUAUACAGGCCUUACGUAAUAUCGGCCGGGAGGAUGCGGCGAGGAUUAUUUACGUUGAUAGUACAGAGGGGCGGACUCAGAUGCUUUCAAAACAUAAUAGUGCUUCUCAAAAUAUGGUCUAGUCCUAAAGUUGUUCAUGUUUGUGAUAAUAUUGUAAAGUGGAGCGUUGAACAUGACAAAUAAUUUGCUCCUUGAAGUAAGGGCGCGAUGAUGCGACACCGUGCUACAAAUACAGGGACUCUCGAAGCACAAAGCAUCGGACUCGCAUAUCCCCACCGACAGCCAAUUGUUUGGAUAAGACUAGUGUUUGCUUUGGUUUGGUCAAAGGUAGCCAACAUGUUUAUGAUUGGUCAAUAUUUAUCCAAUAAUUUAUAUUAACCAAUCAGAUCAAUUACGUUAGCAAACUAGACUAACGACAACGUGUGUAUAACCUAUCAAUGUUUUAUACAAUUGACUGCUGAUACUCAAUAUGAUCUAGUGCUUAUGUUGUUGCCUGUGCCUUCAUUUGCCAGCCCCAACACCGCCACAAUGAUGUACUGCAGGACUGCACCACGGCAGUGAAAUAUGUUCAAAACAGUGAUACUAUAACAUUAAAGUGCUAUGUUUGUUAUUUUGUGAUAUAAAUAGGAUAUGUACUGCAAUUACAACUUGGCGUUCAAUCCGCCACGUAGUUCGUUAAACUUUUUUCAAAUUGAUUGGGAGGACGAGCAAAAAUAUAUAUUAUAUAGUAGUUAAAAUAUAUUAUCCUUGGCGUAAAACCUCCGAGUUUUUAACCCAAUCGGACCUAAUAAGAAGGCUCAAACAAGCUUGUUCUCAGAUAUUCUAAAAUUUCUAAAAUGCUAACUUUUAUAACAUGGUUAUACAGUUAUAAGUUUGCGUUUUGAUCCGGGCUAUUUUAUUUUUGCAAUUCCAGAAUCAAAACGCUUUACUUAUAAUGCAUAACUGGUUAAAGUCUCUUAAAAGACACGUACUGGUAUGGUUGAAGCACUGUUUAUUUUUAUGACGUCAUGUUUUCAUCGCCCAAUGAUACUUGCCAUGACAUGACGUCAUCAUUUAGAUAUGCAUAUAAUAUGCACUGUUUGCAGAAUUAUGAUGUGUAUAUGAUGAAUAUAUUUAUGGAUUUGAAACAAUUUCAUUGUCUCCUUAAAGAUAAUCAUGUAUACUUUGACACAACUGUGUCAUGAAUAUUCAUUUUAUAUACAUGCAUGUUCACGUGCGUUUGUGUUCAUGAGAAUGUGUUAUAAGGUUACUGUUUUUAAUUGUAACAAAGUAAAGAAAUGUGUGUAAAUGUAUUUUUCAUGCUAAUUUAGCCUGAAGUAAACAUAAAACUCCGUUUCAAGCCACCCAUAUAUAACUCCUAGGCAUACCCCACCACUCGUUUAAGUCAUUUGGACUUUAACAAACCAUGUCUCGUCUGCUCUGUUGUAUAACAUAAUAAUUAUGUGUCAUUGAAUUCACUAUGUUGUCUUUGUACAUACUUUUUGUAU